GGCAACUAUUAAGUAGUAGUAGAAGUGAAAGCGUAGUAGGAAGGGAAGAAGAGAAAGUGGGUUUGGCGGCAGCAGCAUAAUGGCAGUUUCAAUUCCUCUAUUCUCCUCCACCUUAUCCUCUUCUUCUAUUUCUCUUUCUUCAUCUUCAAAACUUCACUUCGCUUCUCGCACUUCAUCACUCCGCCGUAAUUCAACUUCUCUCGUUAUUCGCUCUUCUUAUUCUGGAAAUGGUUCUUCCCCUAAUGCCUUCAAUUCCAGGAAUUCUGAAAUUCCAUCGAUGUCUCCGUUUGCACUGUCAAUGAAUGAAUCUAGUAAGCCAAAAUGGAGAAGGGUUUUGCUCAAAGUUAGCGGAGAAGCACUUGCUGGAGAUCAGGCUCAGAAUAUUGACCCUAAGGUAACUAUGUCCAUUGCGAGGGAAGUGGCAGCUGUAACCCGCCAUGGCAUUGAGGUUGCACUAGUUGUUGGUGGGGGUAACAUCUUCCGUGGAGCCUCGUGGGCUGGAAGUAGUGGUCUUGACCGCUCAUCUGCUGAUUAUAUUGGGAUGCUGGCAACAGUCAUGAAUGCUAUAUUUCUUCAAGCAACAAUGGAGAGUAUUGGCAUUCCAACUAGAGUACAAACUGCGUUUCGCAUGUCUGAGGUUGCAGAACCAUAUAUACGCAGAAGGGCUGUGAGGCAUUUGGAGAAAGGAAGGGUUGUCAUUUUUGCUGCCGGCACUGGAAAUCCAUUCUUUACCACAGACACUGCCGCAGCACUUAGAUGUGCAGAAAUUAAUGCAGAGGUUGUACUCAAAGCUACAAAUGUUGAUGGAGUAUUUGAUGAUGAUCCAAAGCGUAACCCUCAAGCGCGUCUUCUUGACACACUAACCUAUCAGGACGUAAUAAAAAAAGAUCUGUCAGUGAUGGACCUUACUGCCAUAACGUUGUGUCAAGAAAAUAAUAUUCCUGUUGUAGUCUUCAAUCUAAACAAACCAGGUAACAUAGAGAAGGCCAUUAAAGGUGAGAGAGUUGGCACUUUGAUUGGGGCAACGUGGAAUUCUACCAUAUCAAGAACGUGAAAAUAUUUGAAGACCAAUUACAAGUGAUUCUUUCUCGUGGUUUUGUUAUGCAAUCAUCCACCUGAGGAUACCAAAAUGGAGGUGCAUUAUUUUGCAGCUGGUGCUUUUGAUGUACUUUAAGGACACUGUUUUAAGUCAAAAUCUGUAAAUAUAACUAGGUGUAUUAUUUUUAACAUUAUUUUUUAUUGGGAAAUGCUAACAAGUGCCCUUAGGGUAAGGACACUUGUUAAGAAGUUUAAAGAAGAAA